UGUAAAAUGCCGGCUGUCAAAGGAGAUGGGAUGCGUGGUCUUGCAGUCUUUAUCUCCGAUAUUCGAAAUUGUAAGAGUAAGGAAGCGGAAUUGAAACGGAUUAACCGAGAAUUGGCAAAUAUUCGCAGCAAAUUCAAAGGUGAUAAAAUGAUUGAUGGCUAUCAAAAGAAGAAGUAUGUUUGCAAACUUCUGUUUAUUUUUUUACUCGGUAAUGAUAUCGAUUUUGGCCAUAUGGAAGCGACUAAUUUACUAAGCUCGAAUAAAUAUACCGAGAAACAAAUUGGUUAUCUAUUUAUUUCUGUCCUGAUAAACAAUAAUUCUGACUUGAUUAAACUGAUCAUUCAGUCGAUAAAGAAUGAUCUUCAGUCGCGUAAUCCUGUGCAUGUUAAUUUAGCAUUACAAUGUAUCUCGAAUAUUGGGAGCAGAGAUAUGGCUGAAGCAUUUGCUCAAGAUUUGCCAAAGUUGCUAGUUUCUGGUGACACGAUUGAUUUUGUCAAACAGAGUGCAGCUUUAUGCUUGCUGAAAUUAUUUAGGUCAUGUCCAGAUAUUUUACCGCCAAGUGAAUACUCUUCUCGCAUUGUUCAUUUAUUAAAUGACCAACAUUUGGGUGUUGUUACAUCGGCUGCCUCGCUAAUUGAAGCACUGUCCAAAAAGUGGCCUGAUGAGUACAGAGGGUGUAUUUCUCUAGCUAUUUCUAGAUUAAGUCGAAUUGUUACUGCAGGUUACACAGACUUGCAAGACUACACUUACUACUUUGUUCCCGCGCCUUGGCUCUGUGUUAAAUUGUUGAGAUUGCUUCAGAAUUACCCUCCUCCUGAAGAUCCCAGCAACAAAUCGCGAUUAAUGGAAUGCCUUGAAGGGAUUUUAAAUAAAGCUAUGGAUGCUCCAAAGUCCAAAAAAGUGCAGCAUUCAAAUGCUAAGAAUGCAGUUCUUUUCGAAUCUAUAGCAUUAAUCAUUCACAUGGAUACAGAGCCAAGUUUGCUUGUUCGCGCUUGCAAUCAACUUGGCACUUUUUUAUCUCACCGGGAGACAAAUUUGAGGCUAGUAGUUCGUAUUUUUACAAUAUGUGAUAUUGAUUUUAGGUAUUUGGCUUUAGAAUCAAUGUGUUUAUUGGCUACUUCAGAGUUUUCACAUGAAGCAGUGAAGAAGCAUCAAGAAACUAUCAUUAAUAGUUUAAAAACUGAAAGAGAUGUGUCGGUUCGACAACGUGCUGUUGAUUUAUUGUAUGCUAUGUGUGAUCGAUCAAAUGCUGCAAAAAUUGUUUUCGAAAUGUUAUCUUACCUUGAGACAGCAGAUUAUUCUAUCCGGGAAGAAAUGGUAUUAAAAGUUGCAAUUUUGGCUGAAAAAUAUGCUACUGAUUAUACAUGGUAUGUUGACGUUAUUCUGAAGUUGAUUCGAAUAGCUGGUGAUUACGUUUCGGAAGAAGUUUGGUAUCGUGUUAUUCAGAUCGUAGUUAAUAGAGAAGAUGUACAGGGUUAUGCUGCAAAAACUGUUUUCGAAGCAUUACAAAAGCCAGCAUGUCAUGAAAAUAUGGUCAAGGUUGGAGGUUAUAUAUUAGGAGAAUUUGGAAAUUUGAUAGCUGGGGAUGUUCGAUCAGGUCCACAAGUUCAAUUUGAACUUUUACACAGCAAAUAUCAUUUGUGUUCUAUCGCAACGAGAUCUCUUUUGUUGUCCACAUAUGUAAAGUUCUGUAAUCUAUUUCCGGAAAUAAAAGGAUUAAUUCAAGAGGUAUUCUGUAUGGAUCAUAACUUGCGCAAUCCUGAUGCUGAACUACAGCAGCGUGCAGUAGAAUAUCUUCAUCUGUCUAGACUUGCUUCACCGGACGUUCUUGCAACUAUAUUAGAAGAGAUGCCUCCGUUUUCCGAGAAAGAAAGUUCAUUGCUUGCAAAGUUAAAAAAGUCGAAACCUCAUGUUGAAGAGCUAGUAAAUCAAGCUGUCGAAAGAAAACAGUAUUCCAUUGCAGUAAUGAGUCAGGACACAAAACAGGCACCAAGUCAGUUACUAGACAUCAGCUCAGGCGUAGAUUCGAGAACUUUGGUUGACAUGUUCGGCCCUAUUUCCGUAACUGCAAAUGGUGUAUCAUCUAUAAGUUCUAAUGAAGAAGCGACUGUUGUUAAUUUUCCUGAUGUCUUGAAAUUUGCAACAAAAAACAGUGGUGUACUUUAUGAAGAUUCAACAAUUCAAAUUGGGUUUAAAUUAGAAACCCGUGCCAAUCUUGCGCGCUUGGGCAUGUUUUAUGGCAAUAAAAGCAAUUAUUCGUUCUCUGAUUUUAAUGCAAAUAUGUUUUGCUCUGGAGUAUUGAGUAGUCAAUUAAUCACCCAGUGCAAACCGGUGGAUUUUAUUAUUACAAGUGGGUCACAAGUUCAACAGUUAAUCAAUUUUGUAUGUGAACAAGAAUUUAACCAAUGUCCCGUUCUUCAUCUCGUUUUUAAUUUUUUUGAUGAUAGCAACAAGCGACAUAUAUUUGACAAGACUUUUGCUCUUCCAAUCUUUAUUAACAAGUUUUUCGAACCAACAGAUAUGUCUUCAGAACAAUUUUUUUUGCGUUGGAAGCAACUCUCUCAAUCGACUCAAGAGAAUCAAAAAAUAUUUCCCGCAAAAAUGACAAUUGACAAAGAACAAAUCCGAACAAAGUUGAUUGGUUUCGGCCCUCGAUUAUUACAGGACGUAGAUCCUAAUCCUGAAAAUUAUGUUUGCGCUGGAAUAAUCAAUACCAAAAUGCAACAGAUCGGUACACUUAUCCGUUUAGAACCGAACAAACAAGCUAAAAUGUAUCGACUGACAGUGCGGAGUUCACGUGAUACUGUUGCAGGUCAUUUGUGUGAUAUUCUUUCACAGCAAUUCUGA